AGCGAAGUAGCGUGGUGUGUUUUGCAGGAAAAAGUAGGCCGAACGUUUCGAUUGUACCAUCGCGUAACAUUCAGCGUCUGUAGCUCGACUAGCGCGGACUGCAGGACAAUCCGCGCGAUAUUUUUUUUCCAAUUUUCAGUAAUCAGUUGAGAGUUUUUGACCAAAGUGACCAGCCAAGGGCCACAAGAAGUGGAUUUCGGUCGGUUUUUGCGAGUUUUUUUUUGCGACAGCUUACGUGUUUCUGCAAGAAAAACAUGGUGCUAGCCGACAGGCAAACAACAAUGGAGUCGAUGCCACAGACGGUUCCAUCCGCAGGAUUCACCCCUCCAUGUGACUACAGCAAUUUUGCAGAAAAUUUUGACUUGUCUCUACUGCCAGGUGGGGAUCAAGCAUUUUCCAUAUCCACCCAGUUUUAUCCAAUAAAUGUAAACAAACUCCAGCAAGUGCAACCUAAAAUUUUCACCACCUAUUAUCCCAGUUCACCUGAGAGCCAAUCAUUGACGGACACCGAGUUUUCACCAGAUUUCCAGCCAGAUUUUCAAAAAUUGUUAGGCGAUGAUAAGAAGUAUCUAUCUCCUCAGUCUCCAAUUCAUUUGGAAGUUCCUCAGGCUAAUUCAUCAAGUCACCAUUCAAAUUCUGGCUCUUUGUCUCCGUAUUCAUCAAAUUCACAAGGCCUUUUGUCGCCAAAUGAUCAAUUUUCUACUUACAGAGACCAAACCUUUUAUCCCAGUUCUCCAGAAUACUCCUUGUAUACAGCCAGUCCUUCUUCUAUAUACUCCAAAUCCCCUCAUGAAGACUAUUUUCAAAGCGGCCUUAUAAAAAAAGAAGACAUCAGAAAUUCCACAUCACCUUUACCGAAUUUGUCUCCAUUUGGAAUAAAAGAAGAAAAUUAUUUAUCAAGUUUCAAUACUUCGUCUCCUGUAUCUCCAGCAACAUCAAAUUAUUCAAAUAUAUCGUCUCCAGAACGGCUGCCACAACAAAAGGAUGUUAUAGGGCUAUUUGAACCGCAAAAACAAAUUAAGCAAGAAAGCACAGUGGAUUUUACUCAAAUUUUGAACGAUAUUCAAUGUACAGAAACUUUAAGGGGUCUUUUGAAUCAUAAACAUGUGGAACCACUUCCGCAAACUGUACCGGAAGCUCCCAAAGACCAUCAGCUGUUGAGGCAAUUCUUGAGAGAUACAAGUUUCCAAAAGAAGUUUAAUAUACAUCCAAUUGAUUUUACAUUUGUUAAUGAAGAUAUUAAGAUGGAAGAACCAGAAGGUAAUGAAACCAAUGAUUUGAUGAUGGGUUGCGAGGAUCAAAUAUCCAGUGAGAACAUUGAACCAGUAUUAAAUUUGGCUAUCGAGCAGAUGAGGAAGGAUGUUGAUGAUACCUGCACGUCAUUGGGCAUUUCACAUGAUCCAUCGAAAUGGUCUCCUGCAGAUGUCUUAUCUUGGGUUCGCUGGACAUCACGACAAUACAACUGCCAAGAACCGAUGGAUGAAAGUUGGAAUAUUUCUGGAACUGAUCUGUUGGCCUUGUCAGAGAAAGAUUUUGCGAACAGAGCACCUCAAGGCGGGAUGAUCCUACAUGCGCAACUAGAAAUCUGGAAAGCUGCAUAUUCAGAAGAAAACAAAAAUUGGUUACCAGAACAAGUACCCAGUAAUGCUCCAAGUGGCGACGUUUCGGAGGAUGAGGAUGACGAGUCUCAACCUACAUCCGACUUGAGCAAGCCCACCACCUCGACCAGGACAGGUUCUCACAUCCACCUGUGGCAGUUCCUCAAGGAGCUGCUCUCCAACUCCCAAACUCACGGUUCUUGUAUAAGAUGGCUCGAUAGAACCAAAGGUAUCUUCAAAAUAGAAGACUCGGUUAAAGUAGCGAGAUUGUGGGGAAAAAGAAAGAACCGUCCUGCGAUGAACUAUGAUAAACUUAGCAGGUCGAUUAGACAGUACUACAAAAAAGGUAUUAUGAAAAAGACUGAACGGUCGCAGCGGCUAGUGUACCAGUUUUGCCAUCCUUACAAUUUGUAAAGUGCCACAAAAACUGGAGAAGUAUAAGUACUUUUUCAUAAUAGGCGUUAGGUCAAAUGUUUUGCCGUCCAAUUAUUGUAGGUCAUAUGAUCUCAUAAUUUUGCCCUUUUGACAGUGCACAUUAUUGUUCGGCAGUACUAUUGACCUAACGCACUUUUUGUAAUUAUCAUUAAAAUAAGGGGAAAUUAAUUAUUGGUUAAGGGUUGAUUUGGUGUAGGUUAUAAUAUAAAUGCACUUUGAAGUUAUCAAAGUGUAAACUAUCUAGGCGAUAUGGGGUAUUACCAUUAUCGUCUUGGUAUGCGCUUUUUGGGCGUGAAUUUUCGGAAGGUAAUUUCCAAAUGUUUCAAUUAAUUAAAAUAUUUACCAGGGAGUAAAAAUUCUUAAAAAUAAUUCACAAUUUUUAGGAAAAUUUGCAUUUGUUUGCCUUCGUUUUGGUGCUCAAGCUUGUUGCUUUAGGAGCUCUUAUGGGGGCUAAAAAAAGCAAAUUUUAGCAACAUGUGAUAUUAUUUUUAUAGUUUUUUGAAAACUGGUGAUCUGGGACCCAUAUAUCUAUGAUAUAUAAAUUUAUUGUAAGUUCUAUGAACGGCGAAUUUUUAUUGUAAGAAAAUGUAAAUUAUUUUAGGAAUAAAUCACUUAGGUACUGUAAGUUUUGUUAAAAGUCUCUCUAUUAAACUUAGAAGUGAA